UGUGUGUCUAUGUGUGUGAAAAAUGUGAAAAAGAAGAAAUAGAAGCAACAAAUAAGCCAAGAAAGAGCGUGCAAAGCAAGAACGAGAAGCGGUCGCGUCGGCGCAGCGUAGCCCAAAGAGUAGAGAGAGAGAGAGAGAGAGUGAGACAGAGAGGUGCUAAAGAAUCAGCAAAAAUCGCUGUUAAAACGAUUGCGUCGGCGUUUGGAUCACAUUCCAAAAGAGGCGACCUUUAAGUGCCUCCCCACAGCAACAGCAGCAACAACAACAACAAAUUUAACUGCAACAGCCACUGAGGGUGGUGCGGUACGGCGGUGCCGGCGGGAAUCAUUUGCUCAACUGGCUAAAACCUAAGAGGUUUAAGAGCCUAAAAUGAGGGUAUCUUUGCAAAUGAUAAAGAUGAUGAUGAUCUGCAUCUACAUCCUGAGCUGCCUGGCCUUGGUCAGUGGCUUAGAAAACGAAUCUCCAUCAACGACAUCCUCUACGCUUAGCAUGACAAAUUUGCCACCCGUAUUUACCCAGAGACUCAAUAAUAUUGUCCUGUACGAGAACGUUCCGGUGGGCACUGUGGUCUUUCGUCUCGAAGGCUACGAUCCCGAAGGAAGUAAUGUCACCUUCGGUGCCCUUGGGUCAGAUCGCUUCAGUGUGGACCCAGUAUCGGGAAAUAUAACCUUAAUCAAACCCUUGGAUCGUGAAGAAACUGAUAGUCUAACAUUUUUGGUUUCCAUACGAGAUCGUGUGAAUCCUUCGGGUGAAUCAGAACAGGAUAAUAAGGUGGAACAACCCAUCACAUUUAUCAUACUCGAUGAGAAUGAUAACCCACCAGAGUUUCAGAAAACACCCUACGAAGCCGAUGUUAAUGAAGAUGCCAAGGUGGGCACGACCAUAUUCGAUGGUAUAUUGGUUAAGGAUCGCGACACCAUUGGCGAUAGCUUGGAUUUGAAAUGUUUGCCCCAGCAACAGAGUCCCGAGGCCUGCAGCAAAUUCCGCUUGGAGUUGCUACAACGCGAGGCCACAGUUCUAACGGCAGCCGUGGUUCUCAACGACACCUUGAACUAUAAUCAACGGAUGAUCUAUCAUUUCCAAAUCGAAGCUAGCGACGGUGUCCAUAAGACCCAGACGACCUUUGAGGCCCGUGUUAAGGAUGUGCAGGACAAGCCACCAGUAUUCCAAGGAUCACUAUCCACAGUGAUCAAUGAGGACAGUCCCAUCAAUACCUUGGUACUCACAGUGCAUGCCCGAGAUGGUGACACUGGAGAGCCACGAAAGAUUGUCUUUGAUUUGCUUGAAAAUCCAAACGAUUACUUCCUAUUGGAUUCACACAGCGGGGAAUUGCGUACGGCCAAGCCCUUGGAUCGUGAGGCUUUAGAAGAUUCCACUGGUCUGAUAUCAUUGCUAAUUCGUGCCCGUGAAGUUGUUAAUGGAGUGCCCAGCGAUGAUCCCCUGACAAGUGCCACAGCCAAAGCCACUGUGACCAUUCGUGAUGUGAAUGACUCACCGCCGCAAUUCAAUAAAAAGGAAUACUCAGUGUCAUUGCUCGAGAACACACCGAUUGGCACGCCCCUGGCCUUGGAUAUGAGUGUCAGUGAUGCCGAUGUGGGGAUCAAUUCGAAAUUCGCUCUACGUCUCGAUGAUGUUUCCGGAGUUUUUGAUGUAGAACCGAAAUUGGUCACUGGUUACUCACAGGUCAAUAUACGCGUCGCCAAUGGCACUCUGGACUAUGAGAAUCCCAAUCAAAGGAAAUUCAUCGUUUUGGUUAUUGCCGAGGAGACCGAUACCAAUCCAAAACUCUCAUCGACAGCCACUAUAACGGUCAGUGUGAUGGAUGCUAAUGAUAAUAAGCCAACCUUUGACCAGGAGAGCUACUCGGCCACUGUGUCGGAAGCAGCUCAACCGGGUCAGUACAUAACAACAAUAACAGCCAAGGAUGUGGAUUCGGGCAGUUAUGGGGACGCGGGCAUACACUAUAGUCUCUCGGGCACUGGAGCCGAACUGUUCCACGUUAACGAGCAAACGGGCGUUAUUACAUUGGCCAAUUGCCAUGAGGAGCAGCCACAGACCAGCAACAGGCGGCAACGACGUGACCUCAUAGGUGGAGAUGUUGUCGGUCUUGCUGGACUGGAAAUGCUUUCCAUGGAAGCGGAGCCAGAGACGCGAGAGAUUAACACAGAGCCCACCGUACAGUAUACGCUAAUCACGCAGAUGCCGGAGGCAACAUCGGCGUCUGCUAAUGACGACAAAACCGCCAGUGGCAAGGCUAUGCCACAGACGUGUCUGGACUACGAAACGGAGACCACGUACUUUUUGUCCUACAAGGCCACGGAUGACAAUGGACAGGGUCAAACAUCUGUUGUCUCGCUGCGUAUCUCUGUGAACGAUGCCAACGAUUCGCCGCCCGUUUGCGAGAGUCCUUUAUACAGGGCCAGCGUAGAUGAAGGCUCUGUCGUAUUUGAUUCACCCUUGGUGGUCAAGGCACGCGACGCAGAUUCUUUAUCCAGCAUUAGUUACAGGAUUAUUGGUUCACCACAAAUCGAGAAUAUAUUUGCCAUUGAUAAACAGAGCGGUCAGAUUAGCAUACGUCCCAAUGCCAGUCUCGAUGUUACCAAUCUGCAGAGUGAUCAACUCAUUUUCAUGGUGGAAGCCAACGAUGGUCUCUUCACGGCCAAUUGCGGCGUUAACAUCACAGUGCGUGAUGUCAACAACCAUGCGCCCAGCUUCCAACAGCUAAACUACAGUGCUAUAGUCGAGGAGAACUCCGAAAUAGGCACGAGUGUGGAGCGUGUUCAGGCUACCGAUUUGGAUACAGGCAAGAAUGCGGAGCUACGCUAUCGCAUCCAGCAAGGUAGCUUCGACGAUUUUGGUAUUGAUGAGCGUACUGGCGAGAUUUUCGUAUCGCGGAAAUUGGACUACGACAGACGAAACACCUAUCAGCUGCAAGUGCAGGCCUCCGACUUGGGAACACCGAGUCUGACGGGUACCGCAACUCUGGUCAUUAAUGUACAGAACAGCAAUGAUAAGGAUCCAUACUUUGCGCCGCCUACUCAGCAUGCUGAAGUACGUGCCGAUGCAGCGACUGGGCAAUUGGUCUACACUCUAAUUGCUCUCGAUCCGGAUGUGCCCAAUCACAAUGCCUUGGAAUUCGCUGCCACCGAUGACAUCACGGCCAUCGACAAAGAGGGCAAAGAACUGCCACAUAAUGAACAAUUCAAAGAAUAUUUUGCAAUUGCUCGCAAUGGCAAGGUGUUGGUCAACAAACAGCUCGAUCGGAAUCUCUUUGCUGUGAUGCGCAUCAAUGUCCUGGUCACGGACAGCACUGCGCCCAAUGUGCAACAGGGCAAAGGUCUGCUGAUCAUUCAGAUCAUAGAUGUCAAUAAAAUACCACCGAGAUUUAAUGCCCCUUGGACACCAGAGCAACCUUUGAUCAAGCUACAAAUGGUUGAAGAGCAACCAAUAGGUACAAUCCUCACCACACUUCAGGCCACCGAUGAUGAUUCUAGUAUUGGAGAGUUCAAUAUCACAGCGAACGAAUACUUUGCCAUUAAUCAUACCACAGGAGUGAUAUUCACCACCGCCCGCUUGGAUUACGAGGCCAUCAAGGAGGUGAAAUUUUUGGCCACUGUCAGUGAUACAGGAGUUCCGGCGCUAACAGCCACAGCGGAUAUUGUGGUGGACAUUAUCAAUCUGAAUGACAAUGAACCCCAUUUCACGCAGGCGGAAUAUUUCUUUAAUAUAACAGAGAAUUCACCACAAGGAACUGUGGCCGGCAAAGUGGAAGCCCAUGAUGCAGAUGUGGGUGCUUUUGGAGAAUUGACGUAUACCCUAAUUGGAGAAAAUACCAAAUACUUUACGAUCGAUACCUACACUGGCAAUCUAAUGGUGGCCAAUGCCUCGAUAUUGGAUCGUGAGCAAUUGAAAGAGCUAACUUUGUCGGUGGUGGCACAGGAUAAGGCUCCAGCAACAGUACAGAAAUCAGCUACAGCAACGAUCCACAUCAAUAUACUGGAUGUGAAUGAUAAUCCACCCGUGUUCACACGUCCAGUCUACAAUUCCACAGUGGCUGAGAAUGCGGCUUAUCAACCACCCGCCGCUCUGUUGCAAGUGGAGGCCACCGAUCUCGAUGAGGGUCUUUAUGGUGAUGUGCGCUACAUUAUCACAGCAGGAAACGAGUUGGCUUUAUUCAAAUUGGAUGCUCAAUCGGGUAUUAUAUAUCCAGCUCAGAGUUUGUCUGGCAAACAUGGCAUCUACGAGCUAACCAUCUCGGCUCGCGACACCCAAGGAUCGGGCACAAUGGAGAGCAUUGCCAAAGCCAUAAUCACAGUGCUUCAGGUGAAUCGUCAUCGACCGGAAUUUGUGAUACCAGCAUUGACCAAUGCCACCAUUGAAAUACCCGGCGAUAUUGUUCAACCGGACUAUCUUCUACUGACUGUCAAGGCUCUGGAUAACGAUACGGAUGAGAACAAUGGCAAAAUCAGUUAUCAUCUGCAAGUAAACAAUCAGAAUGUACAAGAAACGACUGAAUUUAAAAUCAAUGAGGUCACCGGAGAGCUGCGAGCCAGGCAGCAAUUGAAUCGCAAGAAUCGUGCCAACUAUGACAUAAUAUUGGUAGCUCGAGAUGCUGGUAAUCCGCCCUUUGAAUCUCUUCGCCUGCUCAGCGUCAGCAUUGUGGAUGCUAACGAGAAUCGUCCCGAAUUUCCCGAUGCCUCUAAUCCCUACAAGGUUUCGAUCAAUGAGAAUAGCGGACGUGAUGUGAAAAUUGGACAUAUACAAGCUGGAUCACGAAGCAAACACAAUCGGGAUAUAUUCUACUAUAUGUUGCUUGGCAAUGAGGAUGGCGCCUUCUAUGUGGAUAAAUUAACGGGAGAUAUAUACACAAACAAGAGUCUUGAUCGUGAGGAGACGGAUUCCUAUACUUUAUAUAUAUUAGCUAGCAUUAAAUCUGAUUUGCAUAUAUCCGAGGAGGAGCGUGCCUCUUUCUCCAUUAAGACGCUGAACCGUGAUAACACAGUGGCCAAAGUGGGCAUCACUGUGCUGGAUGUCAAUGACAAUGCUCCCGUGUUCGAGAAAUCAAUCUAUUAUGCCGGCGUCAAUGCCAAUGCCCAAAUGAAUGCCGCCAUAACGCUAGUCAAUGCCACAGAUGCCGAUGCCGGGAAGAAUGCUAAAAUAGAAUACAUGAUUGUUGCCUCAAAUCUAUAUAAAUUUGGUGCCAGCAAGUCAACAGGUUCCAUUGUGCCCAGCCCAUUUGCCAUUUCACAAGACGGACGGAUUUCGGCAAACACCAUAAUGGCAGAAUACAAUCAGGAUAGGUUCGAGCUAGAGAUAAUGGCACGCGAAUUGGAAGCACCUCAACGUUCGGCCAGCACAAAAGUUAAUAUUUGGGUAUUUGAUGGCACUCAACUGGUGCGUGUCAUACUCUCUCGUCCGCCGGAGGAAGUGUACAAUGAGCAGGAGGAGAUUAUUGCUGAAUUACGUAAUGCCACACAGCAUCGCAUCAUUGUGGAUGAGAUUCGAUUCCAUUUGGAUUCCAUUGGACGCAUACGCAUGGAUUGGUGUGAUUUGUAUUUCCAUGCCGUUGAUCCCCAGACCCAACAAAUUGCUCCUGUUGAUGAGAUACUCAAGGAUAUUGAUCGAAACUACGACUAUCUGAAGGAUUAUUAUGCCGGAUUUGCCAUUGAGAAUGUUGUGCCCGCUUAUAUAGCCAUUGUGCAGGAUGAAUUUGAUUUAGCUGUUGCCGGACUUGUAGCCCUGGUCAUUGUGCUCUUUGUGGGUGUCAUUAGCUUCAUAGUGCUCUGUUGUUGUCUCAAGCACUGGAAUUUAUCAGUGCCCGUUGAGACACGUCGUAAGGAGGCGCUGAUUAAAAAACAAAUCAUUGAGGAUCUAAACACAACCGAAAAUCCUUUGUGGAUAGAACAGAAACUGAAGCUCUAUGAGGAACAAGAGCUGACCAUGCAAGUCUUCUCCGAGCCCGAUCAUAUAUCCAAUUCGGAUGCACCUGGCCAUUUGGACCAUCGAAGCUCAUUGGAGCAGGUGCAUGGUCAUCAUCAUCACCAUCAUCAUGGCCAAUCGGUGGAUAAUACAUAUGCCACUAUACAGCCACGGAACAAUCAAAAUCGAAUUGGAGCUGGUGGCGGUCUUAGUUCAGCGGGUGGCGGUUCUCUACGGAAUGGUGCCGGCGGAACUGGUGGAGUAAGCGCUGGUGGUGUAAGUGGAACUGGCUUACUGCUGGCCCGAAUCGAUCCGCAUUCAAAUGAUUUCGCGGACUAUGCCACAUUACGUAAUAAUCGAGCGCCCUCGCUGUACGAGUUUACUGGCUCCACAUUUCAGGCUCCCAUACGAGAUGGCGACGACGCCGUAGCCGAGCUUAUUUAAGAUUAUCGAAACAAAAUUCCUCUAGCAUCAGCAAAUGUAUAAAUUAUAUAGUAGCUAUUUUGUGUGUCUAGACAAGUCCUGAUCUAAUCUAUUGCAUUUCCUGAGUUUGACAACCUUAUUAUACACAAACUUACACACAUAAAUACACAUAUUUAAAUAUAGCCUAUAUAUACCAUAUAUAUAUAUAUAUACAUAUAUAGUGGUAGUAUCUUGUAUGCCAACGAAUAUUUAGAACACAACUAACCGAGAACUUACAAAAGAAAACAAAUGGAAAAAUACCCCCAUAGAGGAAUUUCUCCCGCAUCAAUAAUGACAAUAAUAUAUAUAUUAUUAUAUAUUGACAAUGUCUAGCCGUAAUCAAUUUAAACAAUAUAUAAGAAGUUACUAAAUUGUAUUGUAUUGUAUGUAUGUAUGUACAUCUCCACACAGUUUAACCACUAUGCGAUAUUAGUUUUGUAUUUGCCUUUAAGUUUGCUCUACUAGAAGAAACAAGAAAAACAAAAGACUAAAUUAUUCGCUCUUCCAAUUCCAUAUUACAUUUAGUUCCCUUUUUGCUGCUAACUUAGCUCUAAGUUUAUAGUAUAAUUAGCCAAACUUGCUCAUAUACCUAAGUUUGUUAAUUUUAGUUGAACGAAUUGGAAUAGUGCAACGAAUUCAUUUUUUUUACAGUUGAAUUGAACUUGCUCAAACGACAAAGAAAUAAUAGCACAAUCGACAUUACUAUUUGUGUUUGCAUUUAUCAUAAUAAAUAAACGUAAAUAUUAUAUAAAACAGUA